AGAUACUGCUCACAUUUCCAAAGAUCUUAGUUGGAGGACAAGGAAAUGUUUACCUAAGUCUAAAGGGCAGAGCUCCUUAGAGGACAGUGCCCGGAGCAGAGCCCCGGGCGUUUGACAUAGGGAGCAGGGGCAGCUUUUUAAGUGUUUUGUCAGCGGCUGGAGAUUUAAGAUCACAAUACACAGAGUGGGAAGAACUAAAGUUAGCUCACAAAUUCCCCGAAGGGUGGAGUUUCAGCAGAAGUGUGCUGAAUUUCUUCACUCAGAAGUCUGGCCUAUACGUUUGUAAGGAACUGUCGAGAGGUUUUAUUUUUGUUGAAGGAGAGACACUGGAAGCUGUGGACCCCACUGGAAUCCUAGCAGUUGAUUUAUCUUUAGUGAAUAAGGAUGAAGAUGCCAUCUAUUUCUUGGGAAAUUCUCUUGGCCUUCAACCAAAAAUGGUUAAGACAUAUCUGGAAGAAGAACUAGAUAAGUGGGCCAAAAUGGGAGCCUACGGUCAUGAUGUAGGGAAACGUCCUUGGAUUACAGGAGAUGAGACUAUUUUGGGACUUAUGACUGACAUUGUAGGAGCCAAUGAGAAAGAAAUAGCCCUAAUGAAUGGUUUGACAGUUAAUUUACAUCUUCUACUGUUAUCAUUUUUUAAGCCUACAUCAGAACGGUAUAAAAUUCUCCUAGAAGCCAAAGCCUUCCCUUCAGAUCAUUACGCCAUUGAGUCACAGCUUCAACUUCAUGGACUUAACAUUGAGAAAAGCAUGCGGAUUAUAAAGCCAAGAGAGGGGGAAGAAACCUUGAGAAUAGAGGAUAUCCUGGAAGUAAUUGAGAAAGAAGGUGACUCAAUUGCAGUCAUCCUGUUCAGUGGGCUUCAGUUUUAUACUGGACAGCUCUUCAAUAUACCCGCCAUCACAAAAGCAGGACAAGCAAAGGGUUGUUUUGUUGGCUUUGAUCUAGCACAUGCAGUUGGAAAUGUUGAGCUCCACUUACAUGACUGGGGAGUUGAUUUUGCCUGCUGGUGCUCCUACAAGUAUUUAAAUUCAGGAGCAGGAGGUCUUGCUGGUGCCUUUGUCCAUGAAAAGCACGCCCACACAGUCAAACCUGCGUUAGUGGGAUGGUUUGGCCAUGAACUAAGCACCAGAUUUAAGAUGGAUAACAAAUUGCAAUUAAUCCCUGGGGUCAGUGGAUUCCGAAUUUCAAAUCCUCCCAUUCUGUUGGUCUGUUCCUUACAUGCUAGUUUAGAGAUCUUUAGGCAGGCGACUAUGAAAGCACUGAGGAGAAAGUCUAUCUUGCUAACUGGUUAUCUGGAAUACAUGAUCAAGCAUCACUACAGCCAGGAUGAGGCAGAAACCAAGAAAACAGUUGUGAACAUAAUUACUCCAUCCAGUAUAGGGGAUCGCGGCUGCCAGCUAACCCUAACAUUUUCUGUUCCAAUGAACUACGUUUACCAAGAACUAGAAAAAAGAGGAGUGGUUUGUGACAAGCGGGAACCAAAUGGCAUCCGAGUGGCUCCAGUUCCUCUCUACAAUUCUUUCCAUGAUGUUUAUAAAUUUAUCAACCUGCUCACUUCUGCACUUGACUCUGCAGAAGCAAAAAACUAGCGGCAACUUAAGCAAAUAAUAUGGAAAGCUGCUGUGGUUAUUUUAUUACUAUUACUCAAGGUUUAAUUAUUGAAAGUAUUUAAAACAUGAUUACACAUACUGGGAAUGAAUUGUAUACUUUACAGAAAAAUAUGACAAUUUUUCUGAGUCUAUGGCCUUAAGAAAUCCAUAUGGCUGUCCCAUUUCUUGGUGUUUGGUGGAUCAAAGUCUUUAUUAGUGCAAGUAUUAUGCACACAGUCUUGGUUAGCUGUCAUAUUUCUUGGUCAAUAAAAUGCUUUUGUUGAUUUAAUUUAUAAUUUAACUGACAACUUCAUCAUAGAUGGUGAAAUUUUUGUUUCAAUUUUAGAAAUAUUACUUUAGUUUUAAUUUACCGAAUAGUUUCUUACAGGCACUGUAGCUGAACUGUCUGUUGCAUGUAUGAUUUUUGCAAUGUUUCAUCUAACGCCAAUCUAAGGAACAGAAAAUACAUUUUCUAUGGAAGAGGCUUUCAAAUGUUUUGGUCACAAUCUGCACCAAGAAAUACAUUUAAUAUUAGAGACUAGUAUUUAUUUAGUGGAUAUGCCUUAUUUCAUUGGCUGCAAUACAUUAACAUCUGUGAAAGAAGAAAUGUCUUUCAAUUUUCAUUCAACAGCUUCUUAAAAUUCCAUUUGCCAUUCUUUCAUGUUACCACUCCUGACAUUACCAUGAUUCUCAUAGUGAAUAGAUAGCAUCUUAGAUCUCAUUCUAAAAAUAGUAUAUAUUACAAAACCAAAAGUUGCAUAAAUUAUUUGCCUGUGUUCUCACAUUUAUUAUUUUAUUUUAUCUCAUUACAGCAAAUGUUGGUUGAAGCUUGUUAAAUUGAUUUCUUCACCCACUCUUGGGUCCUAAUCCAUUUUCAAUCCAUUUUCGUGUUCCUUAUUUAAUGUUAUCAUAAUAUUUUGGUUUUUUUAAUGGGAACUUCUCCUGAUAAAAGACUUUAGCUGUUACUCUGUCUCUAAAUAGUGAAACUCCAAGAUACCUGAGGUUGAGGAUUAGAAUUAGGAGAUGAGUGCCUCAUCUCUCAACCCCUCCCCCAAAUCUAUGGACCUUUCUUAUCCACUAUGAAAAAAACCACAUUUACACUCAGCCCUGUAAGACAUCCCUAGCUUUCAGCUAUUGAUGCUGUCACAACUAGUCGUGAGUUGACAAAAUAUUUAACAUUUGUACACAUAAGCAGCAAGAAAGAGUGACUAUGUAAUCCUUACCUCUGAUGAAAUAAAUUUGGAUGAAAUUAACUUAACCAAUCACUUUGGAUAGUAGAGGUAAAUAAAAAGAUGCAGAACUCCUACACCAACAUCAGUGACUACUGAUAUUUAUCAGGUACUUCCCACAAACCAUGGAUUGUGCUAUUCUAUUUGUAUGUUAUCUCACUUGACUGAAUGGCUGCAUAAUUGCUUUAGAAAAGCUUCCCACCCCCACUUCUGACAAAACUCAUCUUCAUAAGUGGAAAAAUACUCAAAACCUUAAAAUCUGACUAUACAUGACUUCAUACAGAAGAAAUUAUUCUUGAGCCUCACAGUGAUAAACAAAAAAUACAUGGUUUCAGCUCUCAGGGAACAGGUAGCUUAGUGAGGAAACAGAGAGCAAAUCUAUACACACUCAAGUAAAUAUGUAAUUACAGACUAUAACUUUUUUGAUGAAAGAUAAAAAGUGAAACUAUGAGAGAAAUAUCAGAGGGAAACUGAUUAGAUGCUUGAGUAAGGAAGGUGGAUGAAGGUGCUCAUAAGUUUAAAUUCUAAAAUACUUCAUGCUAAUCACAUUAAAAUUAUAUCAAAUUACGUAGGCAAACUAUUCAAAGCAUAAUCAUCACUCUCAUCACCCAGGUGAAGAAACAGCAUUAGAAACUUGCUUCCUCUCACUUGCAUUCCCCCCCUUCCCAAAUCCAGAGAUAAUCACUUUUUGGGUUAAUUAUUCCUUUACUGUCUUCAAAGUUUUAUGACUAUAUAUGUACCCAUGAACAUUUAUUAGCCAAAUUUGCCUGUGUGUGAACUCUAUAUAAAUGCAAUCAUACUGUAUAUCUUCUUCUGCUUCUUUUGCUCAACAUCCUAUGUUUUAGAGAUUCAUCCAUUUGUUGCACAUAACUUUUCAUUCAUUUUCACUGCUGCUCAGUAUUCUAUUGUAUAAUUGGAAUUAGAAAUUCAUUCUACUACUAAUGAAGAUGUGAGUUGUUCUAAAUAUUUGUGACAUUGCAACAGUGCUGCUAUUAACAUUUUUAGUGCAUACAUUCAAAAGUUUGUCCAGGACAGAAAACACUGAAAGUGCUGAGUGGUUGUACCAGUUUCCACGCCAACCAGUAACACAUGAGAGUUCCCUUGUUCCUGAUCCUUGCCAAUAGUAGCUAUCGAUUACCUUUGUCAUGUAUGCAUAUUAAAAUAGCCAAGGUGAUUAUUAAAAUAACAGAGAAUAAAUGUAUAACUUCCACACAAGCAGAAGGAGAAAAAAGAAUGAGGAUACAUACACGCACACAUGCACACACAUACACAUACACCAGUUUAUGCUUCAGAUACAUCCUUAAUUUGUGGAUUAAGCCAAAAUUAGAAUUUUACCUGAAUUUUACACUUGCUCAGCCUUUCCCUUUUCAAUUUCUCCUUCACAAUUUUUUUUAUGAUAAUUCCUUCAGUAAAACAUUUUUAUUCAAAUCCCUGACUCAGGUUCUAUUCCUAGGGAACCUGAUCUAAAACAGCAUUUUCUUUAUCUAGUCUUAAUACUCAGAAGUAUUUUAUAUUCUACAUCUAAUAUAUGAUGAAUUUACAGUUCUGUUUCUGUUGGUUUUCACAUCUCAUGCUUGUUUCCUUGUCUACAUUGUAACUGAUAACUUCAAAGUGCUCAUUAUCUUGACCCUUUUGGAAUACUUUGAGAACUGGGUUAAAGUGAGGUUUUUGAAAGAUAUUCAUGUUUGCUCCUUCUGCCCAGGUCACUUCUGACACAAGAAAACUUUAAAUUCUUGUUUUCAAGAUUUUCAAAUUACAUGAGCAGCAUUGCAGUUGAAUAUAUUAAUCCAUGUCAUAACCAAUUAAUAGUUACAAAUUUUCAGAAGAUUCUAAUUUUCCUUGCUGAUCCUUUACAUAUUCUUUGGUUGUCUACAUUCUGUGGGGCUCUCCUCUCAGCUUGUUUACCUCAGCCAGUCAUAGACUUGUCCCAUGUCCCAUUUAGUUAUCGACACUGAAGCUCAGUGGCUCUAGGACAUGGCAGAAACCCUUAGGAUCAAAGUCAUGUUUUAAUUCUAAGUUUAUUUUGAUCUUUCCUUACUUCCUAUGUUCCUACUUUUAUUUCAUUUUGGGGUUCUGAGAAUUUCUAACCUUCUUUGUUGUUUUCUUUCCUUCUUUCCUUCCUUCCUUCCUUCCUUC